AUGGGACGAUGCGCGAACUAACAGGAUCUACUAGCUUCAGUAAACCAGUGAUCAGAACUAUGGGAGAUCUAGUCUAGCACCUUACGUCAUAAGUUGCUGUCAGGGCGUGUUCCUACGUGACACAAUGUCAGGCACUUCGGGUCAUUCGGGAUUUUGCCCGUCAAAUUUGCCCCGUCAAUACAAUUCUGACACGAAGUAGCGUGACAUUGUGUCGCGUAGGGACACGCCCUCAGUCAGGGCCCCCCUCACCCGCGUCUGUCACUUCGUAGCCGAUCCCAUCCCAUCAUCAACUUCCCCCUGCCACUUCUGCUCCCCCCGUUUCACUCCCGCUGCAUAUAGUCCCUCAUCUCUCUCUACUGUAGCAGGCCAUCAUGGCGGCAAAACCGGCGUCUGACGCACCGCCUGUCCCGCGCACGUUACUUCCACGCAUCCACUCAGAUUCCGUGCUGUGCUGCCACGUGGACGCUUCGGAUUGCCUCCUUGCGACCGGCAGCGAGGAUGGCAGCAUGGCGUUGUGUGACAUACGAGCCCCAGCACCAUCCCCACCCCUCCACCUCACCUGCUUCGGUGGAGCCUCGGUACCGAGCCUGCUCUUCCUCCCAGCCCAGGAGCAUGUGCUGGCAGCUGCAGCAGGCUCGUCCGUCUUCCUUGUUGACAGGCGAAAGGCGGCAGGGGGAUCGUCAGAUGGAUCAGAGGCCAUAAUCCGACGGCUGUCGUUUAAUGCUGAUGAGAUCAACGCUCUGGCAGUGGAUCGUAAGGGUGAUUUCCUGGCAGCAGCUGACGAUUCAGGGCAAGUCAAGGUCGUCAGCCUGGUCAACCACUCGCUGCACCGAACUCUCAGGGGCGUGCAUAGCUCGAUAUGCAGCUCCGUUCUGUUCCACCCCAAGCAGCCAUGGCAAUUGUUCUCUGCUGGUCUUGACUGUUGCUGGGCUCAAUGGGACUUUGCCUCUGGCCGCCCCCUUCGCUCAUUCAACCUGUCAGCAGAUACCACCUCCCCCAGUGCACCCUCCGCUGGCGCACCCUCCUCGUCCUCCUCUUCCUCUCUCGCCUCCUCUUCUCGUAUGUGCAACCCUCCUUUCAUCCACUCACUAUCUGUCCACCACAUGCCUCCUGUGAAGGCUUCUUGUGUUGCUGAAAAUAGCACCACCACCACCACCACCACCACCACCAUUCCCUCCACUGCCGCCAGCACCGCCCCUGCUGCUGCCGCCGCCGCCACUGCUGCUGGUGAUUCUUGGAGGACACGUGGCAUGACGCUAUUGGCUGUGGCGCAGGGCGAUGGCACUGUAGCAGUGUGGGAUGCUGAUGCUGACUUGGAAGGGGAAGGGGGGAGGAGGGGAGGAGUUAGGGGAGCAAGUAUCAGCACUUCUGUUCCUGCGACCAUUGCAGAAGAUUCUGAAUUGAGUAGCGAGGAUGCUUGUAAUGGGGAUGCAGGUGGGGCAGAGGGGAGUCAAGAGGAGAGGGGGGGAAGGGAGGAGGAGAGGGAGAAGCGGAGCGGGCCACAGCUCCUGGUGUUUGGUGGGCGCAUGGCAGCAAGAGAGGGAGGGAUGAGAGGCCAUUGCGCGUCAGUGUCUGCUGUCACAUUCUGCCGCUUUGCCCCUCCCAUCUCACCGCUCCUCGCCUCUGGUGGCAACGACCGGCUCGUCCUACUCUGGGAUGUCACUCAGGCCCUCUCCACUUCCUCCUCCUCCUCCUCUUCCUCGUCGUUUUCCCUUUCGUCUGAAGCAAGAGAGGGGGGUGGUGCGGAAGCGGGUGAUAGUGAAUCCAGCAGCAGCCAUCUCGGCGGUGAAGCGCAGAAAGUGGCAGGUGCGGGAGCCUUCGGUCCAAUCCUGCGGAUACAGCACGGGCGGAAGGUGAAUUUCCUUACCACUUCGUCUGGCGUGCGCGGUCGAAAGCUCUUUGUUGCAGACACCUCCAAGAGGGUCUCUGUUUACGACAUCCCGUCAUGAGGUGCAUUGCAUCGGUUUGGUUCCUUCUUUUGGUGAAGCCAUCUUAGCACUUAACUCUAUGGAGGGCUUAUGAUUGGUUCUUAUCCAUGGUAGUACUGUAAGCAAUUUGGACAAAUCUGUGUUGAUUCAGACACCUUCAUUUAUUACCGUCGCGCAUUUAAUAACAUGGAUACUAUUUC